CAACCGAAGAAGAAAAAAGGGACAGUUAGGAAUACAUCAAGCAGAGAGCCAAGUUUGUAACCGAACAUGUCUUUUUUUGACAGUUUUUCCUCCGUUUGCCCUCCAUUCAGCUCACGUUUCUAUGAAAUAUCAGUGACGGAACUACAUUAAAGUCCUCCCAGUGCCCUUUGACGCUUCAAAGAUAGCUUAGUUUGUUAGCCGCUAACAAAGUGACGCGGAAGUUAGCAUCAAGUGCUAACUGCUGUGUUUUUUGAAAAAAAUGCGUAAAGUUCGAAUGCUGAAAGAGUUGGUGAACCAGCGACUGACCGCCGCGGUUGAAGACAUAUUUGUAGUGUUGGAAAGAACGAUAGCGGAGUACGAGGAGGAGCUUUGUCGGACAAAAGAGGAGAACGAGCGACAACGUCAACUACUGCUGAAUGCUGUUUUCAUGCCGCGAACGGAGUCACGCAGAGCAGAUGUUAGUAAAGGUCUUCCCUCGGAGCAGCAGAAGUGGAGCUCCAGGUUGGAGCAGAAAGAGCCGCAGCCCCCCCACAUUAAAGAGGAAGAGCCAGUGUGGACCCAGGCGGAUGCUGACACAGGCAAGUUUCCAGUGCCUUGUGUGAUUGUGAAGAGUGAAGACUAUGAUGAUGAUGAAGGAGCUCAGUGUUCACAGCUGGAUCACAGUCAAAGUGAGGAGAAAAGACCAGAAGCCGACAGCCUCUUAGCGCCGCUAUCAGAUAGUGAACACAAGGCGUCGCACUCUCCUGACACUGAUGACUCAAAAGCUGAUAGAGUGUGUCACACUGAGAACAGACACUCGAAGGUCCACACAGGUGAAAAGAUGUUCAACUGCUCAGUUUGCAGCAGCAGCUUCCAGCUGAAGAAACAUUUGAUCAAACACACGAGGAUCCACCCUGGAGAGAAACCUUUUACCUGCCUGUUUUGUGCCGCCAGAUUCUAUCACAUGAGCAGCUUGAUACGACACAGGAGGACGCACACGGGAGAAAAACCCUACACCUGCUCGGUCUGCGCUAAAAGAUUCUCCCAAAAAGGACAUUUGAUCACGCACACGAGAACACACACUGGGGAAAAAAUAUUUUCAUGCUCAUUUUGCAGCGCGAGUUUCAGCGACCGCUCGGCGUUGAUGCAACACAGAAGAACUCACACCGGGGGAAAACCCUUUGCCUGCUCCGUCUGCGGCGGGCAGUUCACUCGAAAAGGACAUCUGAUCGUACACAUGAGAACGCACACGGGAGAGAAACCUUUCUCCUGCUCACUUUGUGGGAAAAGAUUAACACGAAAGGCACACCUAAUAACACACAUGAGGACUCACACGGGGGAAAAAACAUUUUCCUGCUCGGUCUGCGAUACGAGUUUCGGCUUCCGCUCGGCGUUGGCCCAACAUAUGAGGACGCACACCGGAGAGAAACCUUUCCCGUGCUCGCUUUGUGGCAAACAAUUCUCCCAGAAAGGACAUUUGAACAUACACACCAGGACACACACCGGUGAGCAACCGUUUGGCUGCGAUGCGUGUGAUAAGAGAUUCACACACAAGUACCAAGUUCACAAACACAAGUGUGCCGGUGAGAGCAGCAGUAAAUGAGACAAGAGACACAAGCAUCACACAUUUUUUGGGCUGGUUUGACAACAAAAGGUCUUCCUGUAAUGUGUAACAGUAGCGCUUUGUUAUCAAAUAAGCAUGCCUUUAUUUUUAAACGAGACAGGUGUAAUCAUGCAGGGUCAUUAACAGAUAGGGUUCAACAAAGUCUUCUCAUAUUGGAACAAAUUUGCUCAUUUAUCAUGUAAGAACACAAAUUAGUCACAUCAUUUAUUUUGACCGCACAUGCUCCUUUACUUAACAGCGGAUAGUUACCGGAAAGGUGGCAUCGGUUGUUAUGCGGUCAGUGAUCAGGUCCUUGCAUACACUAGUGCAGGGCUGGGCGAUAAAACAAUAUUAAUACUUCCCGAUACACGAGUAAUCAAUACCAACAAAAAUGCGUUUCAUAAAACGUCUGUCAGGUUCAAACACUGAUGACAUCUAUUAAACAAGACAAGAAGCAAAUAAUCAAACAGAGACAGAAUUCCAUUUGGCUCAAUUGAGGAGAGACACCGGGACACUGUACUCUUGUACAAUCUCCAGCACGCUCUGGCGAAAGUUUGUACAACUCCUCCUUUAUUUGACUUUCUCUGACCACAUGACCACAGCUGCUUCCAAAAGGGAAGUGGGUCGUAAACAGCGUUGCCUUUGGUUACAGAACAGUUCAAAAGAAAAGGUCAUAAACACUUCACAGAAAAGGUCGUAAGAGUUCAAAGAGAAGCUCGUAAAACAGUUGAAAAAAGAGGUCGCCUGGAGGGGAUUCUGGUCCUGCUUCCUCUUCGCUUUUAUAGUCCUUGGGUCAGACAAUAUCUUUCUGUUUGAUUAUAAUACAUGAAAGAAACAGGAACACCUUCAUCCUGCUUCCCCCCUACACAGUGGAGUUUUACGAGCCUUACUCUUGGUAGGUUUCAAAGACAGCUUUUGCUUCUCACCGGGCACUCAAUGUAACACAAAGUUUUUGUGAUAACUUAGAAACAAUUAUUCUACCAACGUGCAUGAACAAAGGCACUCGCUCUCUAUGAACCGAGCAACGCAGGAACAGUAUAAAAAAAAACUAUCAAGUUUGGUUGCAUUAUCUUGUUGUCUCGCGGUUGAUUCUUUGCAUGGAGUGAGAAAAGAAAGCAAAAAUUAGUGCAUUAGUGAAUAAAUUGUAGUUAAAACAGGAAGUAUGGCAGUUUUUUUUUCGUUUUUUUCAAAGGGACAGUAGUCAGUCUAGACCAGGGGUGUCAAAGUCAAGGGCCGCGGGCCAGAUCCCGCCCGCAAAUGAAUUAUCUAUGGCCCCCGGGAUUAUAUUUGAUUAGUAUUAAAUCCGGCCCGCAGGCCACAGUCACCUGCUGCUGUUUUGCAUGCACCAAUACUCCAUCAGUGUUGGUGUGAGGAAUUUUCAAAAUGGGGUCCCAGGGACCCUAUCAAGUCAUAAAAAUGGGGUCCCACAUUACAUUUUUGGGGUCCCACUUUUUUGUAAGCGUUUUGAAAAUAAAAGAUAAAUGUAUGCAUUAUCCUGUUAUAUCUUACAUUCUAUAUUGUGUUUUGGAAAAAGGUUGUCAUAAACGUUACUUAAUUCAUUAAAAAAAUAAUACAAAAGAAAACAAAUUUUUUUGCAUAUGUAAAUGUAUUCAGUUAUAAACAUUCAUUCACUUUCUUCUUUCCUUCAUGGAUCUAAUCUUUACUGCUGUCUGUAUUUUUACUGUAUUUUUAUUGUAAUAUUUUCAGAAUUUGUUUGUUCUAUAUUUGGCCAAAGUAAGACAAACAGAAACAGUCUUAAAUUGUCUUUAUUUCGUAGUUUUAAUGCCAUGAUUUUAAUAUUGAAUUAAUGAUUUAAUAUUCCUCCAUGCGGCCCCUUAGCUAAAAUGAGUUUGACACCCCUGGUCUGGACCAAUGUGGUCUGUAAAUGAUGCAAGGCGCUCAUCCCCACCAAGACCGGUAAUACCUCACCACCUUAGCCGUGUUCACCCUUAAGAGCACAGCUGUACAU